AUGGCGGCUGGACAAGCUUUUGUAAGCGACCACUUUAUCAAAACACUAUUCCAAUCUUAUGGGGGACUUCCAUAUGAAGUCGACAAAGAUUUUCCGCCGGAGAGAAUUGUUCGCGUCAUCGGAGCGGCCAUCAAUCUGAUUUAUGACAGCAACCUCCAGUCAUGUAUCAAUAAGGCGAAGAUUUUCCUCGACAACUUCCAGAAUGAGCUUUCUGAAAGAUUUGAGAGAGAUGAUACCAGCGGUCCCGACGUCCUUCCUGGUUUCGCCAAAAAGAAGGAAACGUGGCAAGUAGAGAUUGAGGCAAGAUCUUUUUUGAACAUGUCGUCGGAGAGAAAUCAGGAGGAGAAGCAGACGGCGGAAUUAUGUCGAAUUCUCGAGAAAAAGUAUCGUGAUCAGAAAAUGGCAAGAAUCAUCGUUGGCUGCGUGAAAGUCUUCUUUUACCCACUAUAUGCUAAGUUCGAGUUUCUUGCUGGCAUAAUCAAGGCGAUCAACAAUUCUAUCUUUGGCAUGGAUGGAUGCGAGAAAGCAAUUGUGACGAUGGAAAUAUUUGUUCAGAAAGUACCGGCGGACGAGAUGAUCAUGACCUACCCGAAAGCCUCUUCUAACGAGGUCGUUCAAGCGAAAGAAUUCCUGAAGCGAGAGCGCAAUUUUCAGCGCGAUUUGUACGCAAUACUGGGCUAUUUUGUCGUUGAGCUCAAGUGCUUCCCCCAAUUGUUAGAAAAACUCAACAAUGCCUUCAAAUAUCACGGGCAUUACAAUGUUGAACUACUGGGCCAGCAUGGAUAUUUGCAGCAAAUGCUCAAUACCUCUCGCCGUUUUACGGAUCAGCUUGAUGACAUGUUUGACGGGGAUGACGGAGAUAUGGACGGAAAAGAGGACCAAAGUGGCUCAAUCGCGGAGAUUUUUCACGAUGUUGCAAAAGGACAAGUGCUGGAUACAUUCAUCGAAUAUGUGAAACAGAUUCUCGGGAGCGAAACAAACGGGCGCGAAACAAGAGGACCCUCUCCAUCUGUCUCCGAAGUCUACGACAUCAUUCACAGAAAAAUCGAAGCAAAAGUGAAGGAGUGUUCAUCUGACAUCAUCAACAGACUGGAUGAGUACGAAAAGAGGAAAUUUUACGAAAUCCGUGACCAGGUCGUUUGGCUUCUUCCUGAGCUUUUGCUUCGUCCUAUUUACCGAGCUUUUUGCACGAUAGAAAAUUUGAAUUCGAUCAAAGAUGCGAUCAACGCGGAAAUCGACGAAUGUUACGGAGAACAGCUGCGUGAAGACUAUCUUCGAAAUGAGGCGAGUGUUCUUGACAAAGUUCUUGAAGAAGGGAACAAGCUAAAGAAUGGUUUAACACAUCUGCUUUCGAGAGACUGGCUUACUGCUUUUAAAAGACACGACAAGAAUUUCUUCCCUUCACUUUGGUAUAGAGAAAUUGACGAAAAGCUGAAUCUUGACGAUUCUGUGAAGGAAUUUCGACGAUUGAUUGAAGAGAGAACAAGUCCAGAUAAAGUUUCCUAUUGGGGAGGAAAACCAUCUGGAGCGUUUUGGGAUGAUGCUGAGAGGCUGAUUUUGGACGAGCCCAUCGAAAAGUAUAUUAAUGGCAAGAAGAAUCAUAUAUCAAAGAAGGUUGUGAAGAAAAUGAAGCAUACUUUGGAGAUCCUUGUGAACAGAAAAGAUGAACGAAGAAUUGCACUUGUAAAAAGAGCUUUUUCUGUUGGUUUCUUGAUUUACUCCAAGACAGAAGGGGCUGUGUUCAAAAUCGAUGAGUGGCAAGGUCCAAGGAAUCACGCAAACCAUGUUUCUGAUACGAUUUUGGAACGUCUCGAUGACGAAACCUCCACUAAGACGAAGAUUACGAUCGUUUUUCAAAACAAAGUGAUAAGCCAAAAUAGCGAGUCGAUUUGUUUGGUGUUUAAUGAAAGGGAUGUUGAAAGACGACGACUCAUGGUUGGUCUUUUGCGAGCUCGGAAACACCGUGCUAUCAAUGAGAAAAUAUCUGCGUUGCUGAAAACGCAAAUUGAUACAGAAGCACCCCAGCCUCAUAGAAAUGAGAUUCUUCGAGAAGCACCGGAUUCUCCUUUUGGGGAAAAAUACACAGUUUCCACUCCGAAUCGAAAUCUCAUUUCCCUGCUGGAAAUUAUUGAAAACUACUUGACGUCACCACCAUCGAACCAGAUCCUAAAGAAGAAUCCGAAAUCGCAAAAUCCACACGAGUCGGCGGAAGAUCACUACACAAGAAUAUUCCUAUUCGUUUACAAAAAGCUCAAGGAUGGAAACGACGAAGACCUGAGUCCUGAUAAAUUGUUUCACCUUCUCAAGCUUCGUUUCAAUUUGCCAAAAGUUAUCGAGGAGAAUGAAGAUUUCAAGGCAAAACUCGAUAACGGCUUGGUCUGUUUUGGUGAAUUUCUUCGAAGUUAUCAGAACAAGUAUUACAACCCUGUUCAAGUCAGAGUCAUUCGGGUCCUGACUCAGUGGGUCAGAGAAGAUCCAUGGGAAGAUAUGCACUGCCCUCUUGGUGGCGGAAAAGUUCUAGCGGAAAGGAUUCUCGACUGGAUGACGCCGCUUAUGGAAACAUCCACUGUAAAAGUGCGAUCGGCUUUCCGAACAUUAAAAAAGACCAUCGAUCAAAGCUUCGAUUUUCAAGCGAAUCCUCAUCUUAAAAAUUCACUUCCUCUUUAUCGUGGAAAUUCUCUUUCACCAGAUAGCACAAGAAGGGGACCUUUGCCAGUCGAUCUCGGAAAACAGAAGACACUCUGGCACCAGACAGAAAACCCAGCCAAAUUUAGUCUUCUUACUCUUCAUCCCAUCGAACUUGCCAAGCAAAUAACCUUGUAUACUCUCGAUAUUUUACAAAGUACAAGGCUGGAUGACUUGUGGAAGGGAAAUAAGUCUGAACUUCACAAAAAGAUGGUCCUUAUCAACGACACUUGGGUUGUUUAUUUACAAGCAGCGAUUAUUCUCGAGAGAUCUCCGAAAAGACGGCGUGAGAUUCAUGAGCGUCUGAUGGAAAUGGUUGUUCAAUUUCGCCUCCAGAAUAACUUCAUGUGGGAAGACCUAAUCAUUAAAGGCGUCAUCGAUUCGAGCGCUGUGAAGGAUGUUACUCGCCGAGAAACAACUACGUCUCCAAUUAGUAACAAUAAAUUAGAACCCAUCUACAAAGAUUACCAUGAUCGUACUCAUCGAUCCAAUGAAGUCAAAAAGGAGGAAUCUAUCUUUUGGAUGUGCCAUCCGCCUAACUUGCCUUCUUAUCAAGAUUUUAACGGCGGUCGUACCAGAACGUAUGAUGGAAUAAAAGGGAACCGAAAAUUCGGCUUGAACGAUUGGACAAACUACUGCUUCCUCGGCUUUCAUAUUGUAAAUUUCCUUGGUGCUUGCAAAGCCGACAACUCGAGAUGCUAUUCGAGUAUCGUGUACCCUCCAGUCACCCGUGUAGAUAGCAUUCAACAGUGGCUGGAGAGUUGGGACCCACGGCUCCUAGUUCACGAUGAGCGGGACUGGGAAGCAAAGGUCGGGAGACCUUUCCACAGGAACCCCCUUUCGGAAAGAACGGAUCAAGACAAAGAAGACUUUUUAAACUAUUUGAAGAAGGUUUCAGAAGAAACGCGUCAAAUGGAGAGUCAGUCUAGUCCUUCAAACAGCUGGGAAAGAGAAGAAAAUAUCCAAAGGCCAAGAGAAUUGACUUACAACUACGAACGAGAAGUCGAGCAUCGCAAGAACGUCAAGAAUGCGAUGAAAGCUUGGUGGCAAGUUGAGAAGCCCAAAGAGCAGAAAAAAAUUCUGCCUCCUCGAACCAGUGAUGGUCCGACUCCAGAUACAGCCAUGACAACCGUUGGACCCACACCCACAUCAGACAAUGUUCCUAGCCCAGCUCGCACUCGCUUCGAAUUCUAA